UACUGCAGGAUUGAGCUUUAAUCUCUGGUGGUUGCUUAUUGACUCUGGAAAAAGCAGCAGCUAGUUAGUGAAAAGAUCUCUACUUUCUGUUUACAGGCAAAAUUGAAGGAGAGGAUUUCAACUCCUGCAGCCAUCCCUGAAACCCAAAGGUUCCCAGUAACUCUCUCAACAAUGGCUAUGGUGUGUCUUUCAGACUUCGAAGCUUAUGCUAAAAAGUAUUUACCCAAGAUUGCUUGGGAUUUUUUUGCAGCUGGAGCAGAUGACUGUAUCACACGAGAUGAAAACAUCCUGGCAUAUAAAAGAAUUCAUUUGCGGCCACGUAUGCUGCGGGACGUAUCAAUGAUGGACAUUAGGACUAAGCUCCAGGGGACUGAAAUCAGCUUUCCUGUAGGAAUCGCCCCUACAGGCUUCCAUCAGCUAGCAUGGCCUGAUGGAGAGAAAAGCACGGCCAGAGCGGCCAAAGCCAUGAACAUCUGUUACAUUGCCAGCACGUACUCCACCUGCACACUGGAAGAGAUCUCUGCAGCUGCCCCAGGUGGACUUCGGUGGUUCCAGCUCUACAUCCACCGCAACAGAGCAGUUUCCCAGCAGCUGAUCCAACAGGCAGAGGCUUUGGGUUUCCAGGGCCUCGUCCUCACAGUGGAUCUGCCCUACACAGGCAAAAGACGUGACGAUAUCCGCAACGGUUUCCGCCUUCCUCCCCACAUGAAACUGAAGAACUUGGAAGGAGCCUUUGAGGGAGAUGACUGUUCUGAGUAUGGACUCCCACCCAACAGCUUGGAUCCUUCGGUCACCUGGAAUGAUAUCUAUUGGCUGCAGAGCCUGACCCACCUGCCCAUCAUCAUCAAAGGCAUCUUGACAAAAGAAGAUGCAGAGCUGGCAGUGAGACACGGAGUUCAGGGAAUUAUUGUGUCCAAUCAUGGUGGAAGGCAACUGGAUGGAGGAUCUGCCACUAUUGAUGCUCUGGUCGAGGUUGUGGAGGCAGUGCAAGACAAAGUUGAAGUUUAUUUAGAUGGUGGAAUACGAAAAGGAAGUGACAUAUUAAAAGCACUGGCACUGGGAGCAAAAUGUGUCUUUAUUGGAAGACCAGCUUUAUGGGGUCUGGCUUACAAGGGUGAAGAAGGUCUUCAAGAUGUUUUAAGAAUUUUGCAGGAUGAGUUUCGUUUGUCGAUGGCCUUAGCUGGCUGUGCCAACGUUUCAGAUAUUGGCCGACACCUAGUUCAGUUCUCAAAACUGUGAACAGCCUUCUGCAAUGCCCACCAAAGAGAGUCAGCUCACAUUGAGGUCCCAAACCAGACUGAAGAGAGAAGAAGGAGAUGCAAACAUUGAUGGUGCAACAAGUAUCUGAUAGAACCUUCAGAAAACUCCUGAGGAGAUUAGGAAAGGCUCCAUGUUAGCAAAGGCCAUUCUCUGCUUUUAUUGAGAUCAAUGAGUUGUUUGCCACGUAAUUGUUACUUGCUAAAUAUAUCUACUUAAUUUGGUUGAUCUCUGUGUUGGGCCUUACUCCUAAACUUUAUUACACUGGGCAGCCAGACAUGGAAAACUAUGUCCCUUGCUUCUUCCACGUGGUUGUCCUACAAUGUCGGACUGCAUCUCAAGCUACACUGCCUAGUGCAGUACACCCGGAGCUGGGUUUGAAGAGGCAUGAGAGAUGAAGGUCCGUAGGGGUCCAGGACUGCAGGCAUUUGGAAUGAGCAGCAUCACAAAGAUGAAAUACUUUGUUCUCCAGCCCUGUCCCUUGAUGCUGGACCUUUACAACAACACAAUUUUUCUAUAUGAUGUAAUGAUCUAAAACAUCCUCCUAGCCCCUUUUCCCUUUUCAGACCAGCACGUAUCACAAAAUCAAGGCAAUGCCUGUGCACUUGGGUUGUUCGACGUGCUCCUGGCAUUCUUCUCGUGCACUGUCUGGAGGCUGGUGGUGAUACAGAAAGGGAGCCUGAAUUAAAAGACCCUUACGGUGCUCAAGAUUAAAAAUGAAGACUGUCACUCUUCACCUCUGGCAUUUCCAAUCUUUUAUUCCACACAUCGAUAAAAAUAAACUUAAUUAGAUUUUCUCCCUGUUCCCAUGAAUAGUCUGCAGCAGAUUUAUGCCAACAGUAUCACCUGAA